AUAAGGAAUCUUGGAAAUUAACCUACAAUAACUAAAUUGAUUGAAAAUACAGUCUCACACAUUUCAAGGUUUUCCUGGAAAACUAGUGAAGGGAAAAUUUUGAAACUUUCCGCAUGUAAAAAGGAAGAUGAGAAGCUCAUUUUCCCAAAAAUUUCAAAUUUUUCCAGUAGAAAACUACAACAUGAGGAAUCUUGGAAAUCAACCUACAAUAACUGAAUUAAUUGAAAAUAGAGUCUCACAUAUUUCAAAGCUUUCCUGGAAAACUAGAGAAGGGAAAAUUUUGAAACUUUUCGCAUGUGGAGAGGAAGCUGAGAAGCUCAUUUUCCCAAAAUUUCAAAAUUUUCCAACGGAAAACAGCAACAUGAAAAAUCUUGGAAAUCAACUUACAAAAAGUGAAUUAGUUGAAAAUACAGUCUCACACAUUCCAAAGUUUUCCUUGAAAACUAGUAGAGGGAAAAUUUUGAAACUUUUUGCAUGUAAAAAGGAAGGUGAGAAGCUCAUUUUCCCAAAAUUCCAAAUUUUUCCAGUAGAAAAUUACAACAUGAGUAAUCUUGGAAAUCAACCUACAAUGACUGAAUUAAUUGAAAAUACAGUCUCACACAUUUCAAAGUUUUCCUAGAAAACUAGUGAAGGAAAAAAUUUGAAACUUUUUGCAUGUAAAGAGAAAGGUGAG